AUGAGUGUCCGAGUCGUCGCACGUGUCCGCCCUCUUCUCAAGUCCGAACGGGAUCUUGAUGUGAUCCUGCGUACAGGAUCAUCUGCCUCGGACAAAUCGCGUCUUUCCACCAUCGGCGAAAAAAGUGACAAGAGCGACAAGAAAUUGGCAGCUUUGAGGGAUAGGGACAACGUUGUGCGGAUUCCGAACCCCAAGAAUGAGGGCGAGGAAUACGCAUUUCAAUUCAAUGGGGUGUACGAUGCGGAAGUUUCACAGCAGGAGCUGUUCGAUGCCGAGGUGGCGCCGACAAUCAAGCAUCUGUUAAAUGGCUUCGAUGUGACAUUAUUCGCGUACGGUGUCACCGGCACUGGCAAAACACACACUAUGCGCGGCGGCAAAACCCUAGCAGACAGGGGUGUGAUCCCUCGACUACUCAGUGGUAUUUACAGACGGGCUAAGAAGAUUGAAAAAGAUAGUGAAGGAGAGACAACGGUGCGGGUAGAUCUGAGCUAUUAUGAGAUUUACAACGACAAGGUGUACGACUUGUUCGAACCACCUGAGAAGCGCACAUUGGCUGGUCUUCCCCUUCGCGACAAUGGAGGAAAGACUGUCGUGUGCGGAUUGAGCGAAAAGCCAUGUACAACUUUGAAGGAGUUUGAGCAGCUCUAUGACCAGGCCAAUACCAAUCGGUCGACUUCCGCCACCAAGCUCAAUGCACACUCCUCACGAUCACACGCUGUUCUUGGCGUCAAGGUUACCAUUUGCACGCCUGAGCAUACGCGCGUGAGCACCGCUUCCGCUAUUGAUCUUGCAGGCUCCGAAGACAAUCGGCGGACGGAGAACGACAAGGAGCGCAUGGUGGAAUCAGCCAGUAUAAACAAAAGUCUUUUCGUCCUGGCGCAGUGUGUCGAGGCCAUCAAUAAGAAACAGAACCGCAUCCCAUACCGCGAGUCGAAGAUGACCAGAAUUUUGUCACUGGGACAAAAUAACGGGUUGACUGUUAUGAUUCUGAACCUCGCUCCAGUUCGAUCUUAUCACUUGGACACCAUCAGCUCUUUGAAUGUCGCGAACCGCACCCGGAAAAUCGAGGUUCGGGAAGUAGAGAAUGACCCUAUGUUCAAGGGCCCAGCAAGACCUGCUCUUCGGCCCUCUCUUGCAAGUGCACGCCAACCCUUGCGCCCACUUACGGCCUCUGUCAAUGUUAAUAUGCCAGCCCCUGCUGCUAAGGACCCAGCAGAGAAAGAUGACACCAAGCCUGUGAAGGCAUUCAGUGUAUAUUCCGACAAGCCACAAACCAAGCUCAUUAGCCAGCUGCGGAAACCGGAAGCACCUAAGCGGACCUCUCUCUCUAACGCCCCUUCAGCUCUUCCAUUAAAGCCAACUCGUCAGCCAUUAGGUGCACAGGCUUCUGCGCGAACAGCUGAUCUCUCAGCUGCUCGAAUCGAAGAGAUGGUGGAGAAGAAGGUCGAAGAGAUUUUGGCGUCACGCGCUGUGAGCGAGCAAUCAAAGCAAUCACAAGUCCGCGAGCUCAAUGAGCAAUUGCAACGACGACUAGAACAGCUAGAGCAGCGUAUUGAGGGUACCGAGGAUGCGCGAGCCGAGGGUCUUUCGUACUUACUCAUGGCUAAACAACACCAAGCACGCGGCGAGGACGGCUCGGCACUGAGAAUGUACCAGCUGGCAGCUCCUCACUUCCCACACAACGAGAAACUAGCCGGCAAGAUUGCCGCUCUGAAGGACCGUGUUCAUGCUAAGGCCUGGGAGAAGCAAGCACCUUCCCCACCCAAAGGUAGACUUGGUAGCAUGCUUUCUCUUAGAAAGGAGACCACCAAGACCCUCGGGAAACGCCAUGCCGACGAUGACGAUGAUUACAUGGACCAGACAGGCGCUGCCUUCUCCGACGACGAAGAUAUCACACGUCCGCGACACAAGAAGCGUGCUCCAGCUAAGGCCCGUCCUAGCGAAAAUGAGGAAAUCACUUUCCUUGACAACCAAGAUCCGUCCGUCUCUCCUCGUACGAUGCAUCUGCUGUCCAUCAUCAACUCAAGGGACGUCAGUCAGAUCAAGCUGCUCAAGGGAGUAGGAGCUAAGAAAGCAGAGGCACUUGUAGACUGUCUCUGCGAGAUGGACCAAACGACAACCGAUGAAAACGACAGUGAGACGAUCUCAGACCAGCCCCAGUUCCAGGUAAACAGCCUGGCACAGCUGAGCCAGCUGAGGGGUGUCGGAGUCAAGACAGUGGAGAACAUGAGACAGGGAGUUUUGGCUUGA